GUUACAAACUAAACAAACCAUACGCUAUAAUCCUACACUAGUAGAGAAACAAAUACUACGAAGGAAGAAGAACAAAAAUGUUAUACUUCAUCCUCAUCCCUCUCCUAGUCCUCGUGGCUUACAAAUUCAUCUACUCCGAAACGCACCGUUUUAAUCUCCCACCGGGACCACCGUCACGUCCCAUCGUCGGCCAUCUCCACCUCAUGAAACCGCCGAUCCACCGUCUCCUCCAGAGCUUUGCUAACAAAUAUGGCCCAAUAUUCUCCCUCCGUUUCGGCUCCCGCCGCGUGGUGGUCAUAACUUCCUCUUCACUCGUCCAAGAAGCCUUCACCGGCCAAAACGACAUCAAUCUUUCGAGCCGGCCUUUCCAACUGACGGCCAAAUACGUCGCCUACAACUACACAACCGUCGGAACCGCUCCAUACGGUGACCACUGGCGUAACCUCCGCCGCAUAUGCGCCCUCGAGAUCCUCUCCUCCAACCGUCUCACCAACUUCCUCCACAUCCGUAAAGACGAAAUCCGCAUCAUGCUCAUGCGCCUCUCACGUGACACAACUCACUCCGACGCCGGGAGCCGUUUCACCCACGUCGAGCUGGAACCGCUUUUCUCGGACCUAACGUUCAACAACAUCGUAAGAAUGAUCACAGGGAAGAGAUAUUAUGGCGAUGACGUGAACAACAAGGAAGAAGCGGAACUGUUCAAGAAGCUCGUUUACGACAUCGCCGUGUACAGCGGCGCGAAUCACACGGCGGAUUACUUGCCGGUGCUGAAACUGUUCGGAAACAAGUUCGAGGAGGAAGUCAAAACUCUCGGAAAAUCCAUGGAUGAGAUUCUUCAGCGUUUGCUCGAUGAUUGUCGGAGAGACAAAGAUGGUAACACAAUGGUCACUCACUUGCUGUCUUUGCAAGAACAAGAACCAGACUACUACAGUGACGUCACUAUCAAAGGGCUAAUGAUGGCCAUGAUGCUCGCGGGAACCGAGACCUCCGCCAUAACCCUAGAGUGGGCGAUGACGAAUUUGCUGAGACACCCUGACGUGUUGGAGAAGGCAAGAUCGGAGAUAGAUGAGAAGAUCGGAGAGGACCGUCUUAUCGACGAGCCAGACAUCGCCGUACUUCCUUACCUCCAAGACGUGGUCUCCGAGACAUUUCGAUUGUUUCCAGUGGCACCGCUGCUAGUCCCUCGCACGCCGACGGAGGACAUGAAGAUCGGUGGUUACGACAUACCGCGUGACACGAUAGUGAUUGUUAACGCUUGGGCUAUACAUAGAGAUCCUGAGCUUUGGGAUGAUCCAGAGAGGUUUAACCCGGAUAGGUUUAAAGGAUGCGGCAGCGAGUUAUGCGCUUAUAAGCUGAUGCCGUUUGGAAACGGCCGAAGAGUAUGUCCCGGUGCUGGACUAGGGAGGAGGAUAGUGACGUUGGCGCUAGGAUCGUUGAUUCAGUGUUUUGAUUGGGAGAAUGUGAAAGGUGAAGAGAUUGAUAUGUCGGAGAGUACUGGGUUGGGUAUGCACAAGCUUGAUCCUCUACGGGCCAUGUGUAGGCCUAGACCCAUUAUGGCUAAGCUUCUAGUUUAGUUGGAGAAGUGUCUUAAUGUGGAGGACAAAAGCAGACUUGUUAUACGUACUUUAUUAUUUUCAAUAAUUAUAAUGUUUGCACAAAAUGACGAAACUAUGUCCAAUGGGGUUAAAUAAUGUUCUAAAACACACGUUGUCUUUUUGAGUUCCACAACUUCUUUUGUCUCUAUUCAAGGAUGAGCCCAAAGAUUAGUUGAA